ACAUCCUCUCUACUCACACCUACCGUUCUUGCUCCAACAGAACAAGCAGAAAGAGAAGAGAAAAAAUUUUCCAUGGAAAAUGAAACAGAAACAUCAACGAAUCAUCAUAAUCUCUCAAACAAGUCGGCUUCUACUACUUCUGGAUCGUACUUACCUUCCGAUGGAGUUGAAAUGCGAAGCUUCAGAUCAUACCUUCGAUGGGUUUAUGUCGAUCAUUCAAACAUCUGCAGAACAUCUCUGUCAUGGUCUCUCUUCUUCUUCUUGGCCUUCCUCGUCCCUCUUCUCUCACACUUCCUCUUAGCUUGUUCCUCCACCUGCGACGCCGAUCACUCUCGUCCCUAUCACAUUCCGGUUCAGAUUUCUCUCUCCGUCUUCGCGACGCUCUCGUUUCUCAGUCUCUCUCGCUGGGAUAGCAAGUAUGGAAUCCGCAAGUUUCUCUUCAUUGAUAAAGUCGGCGACGAGAGUCACAAGAUCCGGCGAGGCUACGCCGAGCAGCUUCAGAAAACCAUGAAGCUCAUUUUGCUUUGGGGGCUACCUUGUUUCCUAGCAGAAAGUGGGUACAAAGUAUGGUGGUACAUCUCAGGAGCACAUGAAAUACCAUACUAUGGUGAUCUAUACAUUAGUGACAUGACAUUGUUCAUACUUGAGUUACUUUCAUGGCUGUAUCGAACCUCCAUAUUCUUCCUAGUUUGUGUCCUCUUUCGUCUCAUAUGUUACCUUCAAAUCCUGAGGCUUGAAGAUUUUGCUCAAGUGUUUCAGAAAGAAACAGGAGUUGGAUCAAUAUUAAUGGAGCAUCUAAGAAUGAGAAGAAACUUGAGGAUUAUUAGUCAUCGUUUCAGAGGAUUUAUUCUGGCUUCUUUGAUUUUGGUCACUGCUAGCCAACUCAUAUUUUUGCUCCUCACUACCAGAACUGGUGCUGAUGUUGAUAUACUUAAAGCUGGCGAACUUGUGUUAGUGUCAAUUACUCUUGUGAGUGGGCUUUUCAUAAUGCUGAGAAGUGCUACGAAGAUAACACAUAAAGCUCAAUCUGUGACAAGCCUUGCAGCGAAGUGGCACAUCCUUUGCACCAUAAACUCAUUUGAUAACAUUGAGGAUAAUGGAGAGACACAGCAUGUGGAAGCUUCAUCAGCUCAAGCUUUUGCACUCACUACAACUAGUUGGGGAUCAGAAGACGAUGAGUUAGGAGAUGAGGAGGAUGAAUUAGAUAACACAAAAUUGCUUCCCAUAUUCACACAUACUGUCUCCUUCCAUAAGAGGCAAGCUUUAGUGACGUACAUGGAAAAUAAUAGGGCAGGAAUCACAAUGUUCGGAUUCAUGCUUGAUAGAAUGUGGCUUCACUCUAUUUUUGCCAUCCAGUUAGCCCUCUGCCUUUGGCUACUUAACAAGACAAUUGGUGUUUAACCAUCUCUCUACUUCAUACAAGCUAAUAUAUGUAUGUAAUUUUAAUUUGAUGCAGGUAACCAAGUUAUAUAUUAAUUUUCUCUUUUAGAAGAAAAUUUAAACCUCUUAGAAAAAUUAAGGUGAAUUAGUUAGUUAAAAUAGGCUCUAUAUAAAAAAUCUUAGUAUGAAUGUUUAGGUGUGAUGGGAUGUGGAGUCCCUACCUUGUAGAAAAGAGUUAACUUGGAUAUCUCUCAUAAGCCCGCAAGUGUUUAGGGCUGAUCACUCUCCAAAGAAAAAGUGUUGAUUGUUUCUCCUGUAUUGCAAUGCUGAAUGUUUGAUAAUAAAAUUUAUUAUAGGUUUAUUAUCA